AUGUUCCGCUGCCCACGCUGUUCUCCCUUACGAACAUUCACCUCCACCCCCUCCCUCCACACCUCUCACUCCUCCCGCCGCCAGCUCCAAACCGCCACCGCCUACCACCCCCAUUCACUCAGCUCCGACCUCCCCCCGCCCCCAAGGAACACCGGCGUCCCAGACACCAGCAUCGCAGGCGGUGUGCCCGAAACCUCCGGGUCGCGGCCGCCGCGACUGAUGCAGAAGCAUGGGAACGAAGGAGAACGCCCCAGCAUCAGCGUCACUGAGGGGGAGGCGCAGAAGAGCAAGCCCGUCGUCCGGGAGACGGUCCAGACGGGCGCAGUGGAACCCAGCGCCGCGGCGACAUCACCAGAGGGCCCGAAGUCACAGGAGAAACCGAAGUCCGGAAGACGAAAACUGAGGGCGCGAAAGGCGGCGAUUACGUUGUCGCCGGACGCCGUGCAGGCGCUGCGGGGACUGUUGGACCAGCCGGAACCGAAGCUGAUACGGGUUGGUGUGAAGAACCGAGGAUGUUCGGGACUGGCGUAUCAAUUGGAGUACGUCGAUAAGCCGGGAGCAUUCGAUGAGACGGUCGAGCAAGAUGGGGUUAAGGUGUUGGUGGAUUCAAAAGCGCUGUUUAGCAUUAUUGGGAGCGAGAUGGAUUGGGUGGAGGAUAAAUUGAGCGCGCGGUUCGUGUUUAAGAACCCGAAUAUCACGGAGCAAUGCGGUUGCGGAGAAUCUUUUAGCAUUGGCUAG